GCAAAUCAUAUAUAAAAUUCUCUCUCUCUCUCUUUUUUUUCCUUUUCUUUUGUAAUUAAUAGUAUAAUGAAAUUUAGUCAUUAUCUUCAUGAACAUUUAUUUCAACCAUGGAAAAAUGAAUAUAUUCAGUAUAGUCAGCUCAAAGCUUAUAUAAAAGAAAGGACACAACACACUUAUUGGACAUCAGAGGAUGAAUUCAAUUUCACAAACAUGAUUCGAACUGAAUUUACAAAGGUGAAUAGGUUUAUUAAAGUGGAAACGAAUCGAAUAAUCAAACGGAAACAAGAAUCUGUAGAAACGAUUUAUACGUUGAUUGACUUUGUAAAGUUGAAUUCAAUAGGAUUCCAAAAGAUUUUGAAGAAGCAUGAUAGAUACACACACGCUUCGUUAACAGAUCAAUUUCAAUCCAUCCAAGAUAAGUUUAGAAUUCACAUCAAUUAUCUUGAAAAACAAAUCAAUAUUUUAGUAAAGCAUCAGCAAAGUCAUAAUGAUAAUGAAAUAUUGUAUAAUAAAAAGAUUGAAUCAUCUUCAUCAUCAUCAACUACUACUACCAAAUAUUGGGUUCACCUUGAUCAUUUAAAUGAACUUGAAGCUGUGCUAUCUUUUCAUUUAACAAAGGACAAAAACAUCGUUCAAACAAUCUAUUAUGAUAAUUUAGAUAAUUUCUGUUGUUUUAACAAUUUAUUAAAAAGAAACGAAGCUGCUGAAAUCAUUCGUGCUAGAUGGUAUAACAUGGAUGAAACAAAUAUAUUCUUUGAAAGAAAAAGAUAUUAUCAAAAUUUGUCACACAAUAAUGAAACUUUUAAAAAGGAAAGCUUUAAUAUUCAUAGUAAUGAUGUGAAGACAUACUUGUCAAAUGGUACCUUUUAUGGACAAAAAAAGAUAUUAGCAGCCAGUAUGUAUGAAGCGAUAUGUAAAGACAAAAUCAUGCCUGUUAUACGUUCAUAUCAUCAUCGAACAGUAUAUCGACUAGAAAAAUUAAAUAAUUUUCAAAUCUCAUUUGAUACAGACUUAACAUUUAUGAAAGAAUUAACGACUGAUUGGAAAGGAAAUAUUGAGAAUUCUCAACAAUUAAAUCCUGAUGAAACCUACACUUUCCCUUAUGCUAUUCUCGAAAUUAGUUCCCUUGAAGACGUUCCACUUCCUAAAUGGCUAACACAACUUUUGAAAAGUCAGUUAGUCUUUGAAGUCCCUUAUUUUAUAAAAUAUUUACAUGGCGUUUCCUUUCUAUUUCGAGAUAGAUUACCCAAAUUGCCUUGGUGGAUUAGUGAAAUGAAUGCAGAUAUUAGACUUAAAAUAUCAAAUCGUGAACCAUGUAUGAUUACAGUAGAUGACGACUCUGCAGAGAAAAAUGAAAAGAUAUCAUCGUUUUAUCCUUUAAAUGAUCAACCUAAUUUUUCUGCAAUCAAUGUAACCAGUAGUAGUUAUGUAGGCCUAAUGGCUAUUCAAGAUCAUAAUAGAGCCAUUUCAUCAUGUCAACCCAAGAAUAAAUUCAUUUCAACCAUAACUCUUUUGAAUACUAACAUAGUCAAACGUAUAAAUCAAUUUAAACAUGAAUUUUAUCUCGAUCAUUCUCAACCAAGAGAAGAAAACUAUAUAAGUAUGAUGGGAUGGUUAUGGGCAAGGAUAAGACUAGAUAAAACCAUCUUCAUGGAGGAAGACGGGGAUGGUAACCACAAAAAGGAAAAGAAAAUUGAGCCCAAAAUUUUUUUCGCGAAUGAACGUACCUUUAUUUCAUGGUUACAAUUUUCCGCACUUUUAUUAGCAGUUUCCAUUGGUUUAAUUAACUUUGGUGAUCAUAUCUCAAAAGGAAGUGGAGCAUUUCUGAUCGUGGUAGCCAUGACGUUAGCAAUGUAUGCUCAACUGCGAUUUCAAUAUCGAAGCUGGCAGAUUCGAUUUAGAGGAGAAUUAAGAUUUGACGAUAUGUAUGGGCCUGCAAUCCUAUGUUUUGUCUUGAUUAUAGCAUUAUUUAUAAAUCUAGGCUUACGUCUUAGUCAACCUAUACCAACUGACCCAAGUUUAUUUUCUUAUAACACGACUGCUACUACUAAUUUCACCACUACAAACCUGAUAGGGAAAAAUACGUUAGAAGAAGAAGAAGAAAAAGGUAAUAAUCAUAAAGUACAUAUACAACAACAAACAUUCUCAAAUGGAACACGAAUUGAUAAACAUGGCCAUCUUGUUCCUAUUGAUGAUGAACCUUAAUACUAGGCUUGUAUCUCAUAUAAUGUAAAUUGCUUAGCAAAGAUAUAUAAAAAUAAAUUAUAAUUACGGAAACAGUAGAAGUCUGAGUUCUUUUUUUUUAAAAUAAUAAUAAUAAUAAUAAUAAUGUGUACAUUUCACUGGAAUAUGCAAAUUAUUAUAUC